AUGUCCGUCAAUCAACUACUUCACAAAAUGGCCGUCAAUCACCUCCUUCAUCGAAUGGUCGUCAAUCACCUCCUCCCUUCACAAAAUGGCCGUCAACAACCUUCUCCGUCAAAUGGCCGUCAAUCACCUCCUUCAUCGAAUAGUCGUCAAUCACCUCCACAAAAUGGCCGUCAACAACCUCCUCCGUCGAAUGUCCGUCAAUCAUCUCCUUCACAAAAUGGCCGUCAACAACCUCCUCCGUCGAAUGGUCGCCAAUCACCUCCACAAAAUGGCCGUAAACAACCACCUCCAUCAAAUGUCCGUCAAUCAACUACUUCACAAAAUGGCCGUCAACAACCUCCUCCGUUGAAUGGCCGUCAAUCACCUCCUCCGCAAAAUGGCCGACAACAACCACCUCCAUCAAAUGCCCGUCAAUCAACUACUUCACAAAAUGGCCGUCAACCACCUCCUCCACCAAAUGGCCGUAAACAACCACCUCCAUCAAAUGUCCGUCAAUCAGCUACUUCACAAAAUGGCCGUCAACAACCUCCUCCGUCGAAUGGCCGUCAAUCACCUCCUCCGCAAAAUGGCCGACAACAACCACCUCCAUCAAAUGCCCGUCAAUCAACUACUUCACAAAAUGGCCGUCAACCACCUCCUCCGUCGAAUGGCCGUCAAUCACCUCCACAAAAUGGCCGUCAACAACCUCCUCCGUCGAAUGUCCGUCAAUUACCUCCUUCACAAAAUGGCCGUCAACAACCUCCUCCGUCGAAUGUCCGUCAAUCAACUACUUCACAAAAUGGCCGUCAACAACCUCCUUCAUCAAAUGGUCGCCAAUCACCUCCACAAAAUGGCCGUAAACAACCACCUCCAUCAAAUGUCCGUCAAUCAUCUCCUUCACAAAAUGGCCGUCAACAACCUCCUCCACAAAAUGGACGUCAAUCACCUCCACUAAAUGGCCAGCAGCCAUCUGUCCCAUCCAAUGGCCGCCAACCACCUUCUGCUUCGAAUAGCCGCCAGCCACCUCAACAAAUAGCCCGUCAAUCGCCUCCUCCGCCAAAUGGCCGACAACAACCUCCGGAAUCGAAAAGCCGUCAACCACCUCCUCCACCAAAUGGCCGUCAACAACCUCCUCUAUCGAAUAGCCGUCAAUCACCUCCUCUGAAAAAUGGCCGCCAAUCACCUUCUCAACUAAAUGGCCUUCACCCGCGUCCUCCAUCGAAUGGCCGUCUGUCACUUCCUCAAGGAAAUAGCCGUCAACCACCUCCUCCAAUAAAUGAAAUUCAGUCACGUCCUCCAUCCAAUGACCGUCAAUCACCUUCACCACAAAAUCGCCGUCCGAUACCUCAAACUCAAAAUACGCGUCUACAACCUACAAUAAAUGGCCGUCAACCACCCAUUUCAUCAAAUGAUCGUCAACUCCCUCAACCGAGUGGCCGUCAGUCACCUCCAUCAAAUGGCCGUCAGUCACAUCCUCCACAAAAUGGUCUUCAACCAUCUUCAAAAGAUAGUCGUCAGCCAACUCCUCCACAAAAUGGGCGUCAACCACCUUUACAAGAUAAACGUCAACCUUCUCAACAAAACAGACGUAAACCACAACCUCCAUCAAAGGGACUUCAAUCGCCUUAUCCACCAAAUGCCCUCCAACAGUCUCUCUCAUCGAAUGGCCGUGAGCCAACUCCUUCGCAAAAUGUUCGUCAAUCAUCACCGUCGACAAAAGGCCGCCAGUCAUCUUCUCCAUCAAACAGCCGUGAGCCUACUCCUCAAAAUGCCCGUCAAAUAUCUUCUUCGAAAAGAGGCCGUCAGUCACCUCCAUCAAAUGGCCGUCAGUCACCUCCUCCUCCAAAUGGCCUUCAACCAUCUUCACAAGGAAGUCGUCAGCCAACUCCUCCAUUAAAUAGCCGUCAGUCACCUUCUCCACCAAAUGACCUACAACUGUCUCCCUCAUCGAAUGGCCGUCAGCCAACUCCUCCGCAAAAUGUCCGUCAAUCAUUACCGUCGAUAAAAGGUCAUCAGCCACCUUAUCCACAAAAUGACCGUCAACCACCCACUACUCUUACGAAGGGCGUUCAACUUCCUAUUUCACGAAAUCAACUUCAAAGCCUCCCGCAAGGAAAUGGCAGUCAGCAACCUCCUCCACGAGUUGACAGUCAACCACAGACGCAACAGAAUGAUUUGAUCCCGUCAAAAAGCAGCAGUCGUUUCCCUUCAUCAACUGUGUGGACAUCCUCAUCAUCUAAGAGUCGGAGUGUUCCUUUGCCAUCAAAUGUUGCCAUUUCUCCAGCAGCAACAGCUUUACAAGGACGUUCUAUACACCUUUCACGGAAAGAUAACACACAAAAUGGUUCUGCAGGUCCAACAAAAUAUCCCCGUCUGACACCAUCAAAACCGAAAAAAGACAAUUUCGUAAAAAAUGAAAGAAAUACGUUAAAUGAAAUGGAUCAAAGCAAUCAGAUUAAAAUAGUUUCAAGUUCACAAAUGAAUGGGUCUGAUACGAACCAAUUGGCCAUACCUUCGCAAGGUUCAUAUGUGUCUUUACGAGGCAAAGAGAAAAAGCCUGGAGAAAAUAGCAUUCUUGGUAAAGGAAUCAUUCCACAAGAUUCUCAAGGAAUGCCGCAAAGUUUUGGGCGAAAGGUGCAGGACAACAGAGGAAAAGGUGAAGACACUGAUACUAAAUCUGGGCAGUCACAAUCGCAAACAUCCGUUAGAGAUGGAAAAGGAAUAGGGUCUAGCAAAACCAAACAACAAUUUGUUUUACCAGUAAACAGACAGGGAUCAUCUGGGCCUUUGAUAUCUAAAGUAUCCGCAUUGACUGCGCCUGAUUCUAAGACCUCUGAGAAACCUACAAGAAAAUCGAGUGAGACCUCCGUUACAGUCGAGUCUCUUAAUAGUGGAAAGCAGUAUUCUGUUAGCGAAAUGCAAUUAGGAAAUAGUGUUGCUCAACAGAAACCAACCUCUUCUCAGCCAAUAGCAAAAGGAACUGUAAUCAAUAAAUCCCUUCCGAAAUCUACACCAAAUGCAGUGGAUACAAGUAAAGGACCUUCUUUAAAAUCUUCUAGAGUUGAUAGUGAGAUGUCAGAACAAAAUAGAAUCUCGCAUCAAUCAACACCAAUACUCUCGGGAACACCAUUGGUUUCCGUUUCAAGAUCGACAAAAAAUGAUUUAGUGAAUACCAAGGGUGAUGGCGUAAAACUAAUAAGCGCAAAAACAGCUAGGUCUAUGUCGAGUGAUAAAAAAACAGCCAGUACAAGCGUUUCAGGCCAUACGCAACCUAUAGAUCAAAUGGAUCAAGUUGUGCAUAAAAGUGCGACCGGAGCAUAUUCUGCUUCGUCCGCAUUUGGUCAUAUAGCGGCAGCAUCCCGUUCUGCAACAGUCGAUGUAAGCCCAGCCAAAACGGCAGUAGUAGGGGAUGCAGAAUCAGCUAUUACCAAAGCACAGGUAAACAAUAAAAACAACAUAAAACUUUCUGCAGAAACUACUGUAACUACACCAGUACAGGAAGUAAAAACGAAAACAGAAGGUGGAUAUUACUACAUCGAUGCAAAUGGCAAUUAUAAAUAUUACGAACCACCAACUGGUUUAGUAAAGGGACAAACUACAAAUAAUUUAUUCUUCAAUUAUUUGCCAGUGCCAGUCAAGACACCAACCAUUUUUUACACUACAUCAAUGCCAUGGCUGGAUCAAUAUUUUGCGGAUCCGCAGCAAUCACAGGAACCAAAACAGAAAAAGGAGGAAGAUGAUAAUCAGUAG